UUAAAGUGAUCAACACUUAAUCAGUUUUUUUAUUACAAUCUAAAUCAAAACAAUAUUUUACCCAAGCAUAAAAUGGCUUUCCUAAAGAUUACUUUCAUCUGCUUGGCUAUGGUCGCUGCCAUGGAAUGCGCUCUACUGAGAACAGCUGCCCCCGUUGCUGUGGCACCAGCCCCCGUGGCCGCUGCUGCCGUUCCUAUCAACACCGAUUUCGAUCCCCAUCCUCAGUAUGCCUUCGCCUAUAAUGUACAGGAUGCUUUGACCGGUGACAGCAAGAGCCAACAAGAGGUUAGAGAGGGUGAUGUUGUAAAGGGUUCCUAUUCCGUCGUUGAUGCCGAUGGUUCCUUGCGUACCGUUUUCUACACCGCCGAUCCCAUUAAUGGCUUCAAUGCCGUUGUACAACGUGGUCCAGUGCCAGCUGCUGUAGCAGUGGCCAGACCCGUGGCUGCUGUUCCUGCUCGUGUAUUUUAAGGGAUCCUCUGUUUCAUCUUUCUUCCUUUCUUAGGCUAUCCAUCUGUCCCUCUCUGUUGCUCUAUAGUUACUUGCUUAUGACCAUUUUGUUAAGUAAUUUUUUAGGUAAAAGUCAUUAAUAUUUAAAAUAUUU